AUGGGGAACACCAUCAGGACCCUGGUGGCCUUCAUCCCUGCUGACCGCUGCCAGAACUACGUGGUGGGAGACCUCCGGGAGAUGCCGCUGGACAGGAUGGUGGACCUGAGCGGGAGCCAGCUCCGCCGCUUGCCCGUGGUGGUGUGCUCCUUCCGGGGGCUGGUCAAGCUCUACCUGAGCGACAACCACCUCAGCAGCCUGCCUCCGGAGCUGGGGCAGCUGCAGAGUCUGCAGAUCCUGGCCCUGGACUUCAACAACUUCAGGGCUCUGCCCCAGGUGGUGUGCACCCUGAAACAGCUCUGCAUCCUCUACCUGGGCAACAACAAACUCUGCGACCUCCCCCGGGAGCUGAGUCUGCUCCAGAACCUCCGGACCCUCUGGCUGGAGGCCAACUACCUCACCCGGCUGCCAGACGUGGUCUGUGAGCUGAGCCUGCUCAGGACGCUGCACGCCGGCUCCAACGCCCUGCGGCUGCUGCCGGGCCAGCUCUGGCGCCUCCGGGAGCUGAGGACCAUCUGGCUCUCGGGCAACCUGCUGACCGACUUCCCGCCCGUGCUGCUCCACAUGCCCUUCCUGGAGGUGAUCGACGUGGACUGGAACAGCAUCCGCUGCUUCCCCAGCCUGGCCCACCUGUCAGGUCUGAAGCUGGUCAUCUAUGACCACAACCCUUGCAGGAAUGCACCCAAGGUGGCCAAAGGCGUGCGCCGCGUGGGAAGAUGGUCAGAGGAGACGCCAGAGCCCGACCCCAGAAAAGCCAGGCGCUACGCGUUGGCCGAGGAGGACAGUCAGGAGGCACAGCUACCCGCCCUGCCUCCUCCUCUUCUUCCCACCACAUCCUGA